AUGGCCCACUACCAACAAGUGGCCAACAGGUUUCUCCACGAGGUGCAAAAGUCCCCCGAAGGCUAUGAUGUGGCGCUUUACUUACUCUCACAAGAUUCUUUGACUUGCAAGUACUUCGGUGCCUUGACAUUAACUGUUGUACUUCAACACCCUGGCCUAGAUGUGGCCCAAUGCCAGCGAGUCGUUUCUACUCUGCUUACACAUAUUGGGGUGCUCACUGUGGACGCACAAACUACUGAUCGAAAUCUUUUCGUGGUUCGAAAACUCAUGUCCAAUAUUUCUUUGGCGUACUUGAAAUAUCAUCAAACAUUUAAUAACCCGAUCAUAUCGUUUGUGCAAAUCUUUGUACCAGACGUACCCGACCACGCGGGGGUUCUGGAAUUCGCAACUCUCAUGGCAAAUUUUUCUUUCACGCAACUAGCGUUGUUGCUCAUAUUUCUAUCUAUUCUUGUGGAGGAUGUUUCCAAGAGCAACGACUUUCGCUCGGCUAUCCACACGGCGGUGCGUGAGAACCUAUACCCGCUCUUCCUCACGGUGUACCAAUACCUCGCUUAUAUUGAAUCACAAAAUCAGUUGCUGCAAGAGCUAGACUCACAAGCGCUUCAAACCUUACAUUCGUGGAUGGUCUACUUGCCCAAUGUCAACGGAGACUCUCUGUACGAGGAUAUCGGGGUUUUGGUAGACUUCCUCUCGUUGCAUUUCAAGGACGGUAUAAGUGGCCAGGACCAAGACAUACUCGAAUCCAUCAAACAAACUCUCAUCAUUUUCAACGAGGUGUUGGAGUUGAAUGCAAACAUGCUAUCGCACGAGCAAAAACAGGCGUUGUACGCCACUGUUCUCGGGACUUGGGGAACGCAGCUCGUGGACACUGUGAUUCUCAAUGUGGAAGACGAUUUUCAUGAAGAAUCUGCCGCAUAUAUUGACUUAUUCUUGACAAUUUUGCAACUCAACUCGAUACGGCUCUCUAAGUCAAUUCUCGUGUCCAACACACAGGCCAUUCUAGCUCUUGCUCUUAGGCUAACUGCCGUAGAGGGGACACCUAUUAUUGAUGAGCUAAUCUCCGAGAGAAUGUUGCUAUUUUGGGAGGAUUUUGCUAGCGUGUACGAAGAUUCAAGUGAUGUUUUUGACACUUUCUUCGAGACGCAAGAAGACCCGCAGUUUCAGACAAAGUUUGAAGCAGAGAAGCGGCGAAUUUUUGAUACUGUUGCCCGCAUAUACUGGCGUAAACUCCGCCUUCCAGAACCCACCAUAUAUGGACAGAUACGUGCGGAAUUCAAUGCGUAUCGAUCGAGUGUGGCAGACUUCUUCUUGGUGGUGUAUUCGCUACUCAAGGCCGAAUUUUACCAGCUGAUGAGUGAGUUUCUAAUUGAAGGAUCACUUCACCUUUCUACCAGCACAGAGAAAUUGCUAGAUGUCGAAGCCACUAUGUAUAUUCUCUUUAAGAUCAACGACGACACGGUCUAUUUCGAAUCCCAGGCAAACCAGCUAGCUCCAUUCUCCCAAGCGAUUUUUGAAACCGGAUUUCUAACCAAGUUCGCUACUUUUGAAAAUGGAGAUUCCAUGUACACGACUGUACUUGCAACACUUGUUCAGUUUUGUUCGUCUAAUGUGUUUUACUACAAGACCAGUAGUGGAAGCAAACAUUUGAGCGAGGUGUUCAACAUUAUUUUCCCGCUAUUGCUAAACAGCAAAAACACCACGCUUGCGCUUCUUGCAUCCAAAACGGCAUUGCGGAUAUGUGAGGAGAGCAGUGAUCACCUUGUGGACUUCCUCCCAGAUUUGGAGAAUGUCGUGGUAGGGAUGCUAAAAAACCCAGAGAUGGACAGUCUUAUACGACUGAGGAUGUUCAAUGCGUACAGUGUCAUUGCCCGAAGCAUUCAAAAUGUUGACGAACAUAGCAAAAUAUUGCAUGGAAUGGUAUCUGCGAUAGCAAGUGCUGCAAGUUCCGUCAUAGAAAGUAUUAGUGGGUCACUGGAGAACAUUCUGGAAGCCCAGGAAGAGUACCUCAGUUCUCUUCUCUCUUGUCUCGUGAACAUUGCCAAGGGGAGUUCCAUUUCGGACGAUGCUAUAGACGAGAUGCUGGUCCGAGACCAGGAAACUUACCGGGACUUUUGGAGCAGGGAUCCGUACAUGAUAAAACAGACGGUGUUCUCGAUAGUGCAUGAAUUCUCCCUCACAAACAGCGCACUUGCCCAGAAACCGAUCUUUGUCGAAAAGUGCACCCUUAUUCUCAAAGCUGGUAUAGGAGAGAGACUCGGUAGUGGAUUCGACGUCGGCAACGAGGCCAUCAUGACCUAUGCCCUGGCCUUAAUGGAAGUUACGACAAACGCCAAUACUGUGCCGUUCAUUUUUGGCUUGGUAGAAUGUUUGGUGAGUGUUGAGUACCAACAUCUUGACCCUGCAAUGAUGCAGCAGCUUGUGCAAAGAAUAUUCACGAACAAACUAGCAUUUUUGAAAUCCGACCCGGACAUGAUCAAGAGUGCUAUCGACUUGUUUUCCAAAGUGUUAGAGUGCAAACCGUCUCUAAUUCUCUACACGGAGAUAUUUCGAUGCACCAUCCUCCAGUUUGCUGUGGAGGGCUUGGCAGCCAACGAGCUGUUCGUAGUGAAGUCCAUUCUGCGGUUUUGGACAAGUUUCCUUGGUAUGAGACGCGGAACUGGUGAAGACCACGCAGAAUGCCAGCGUAUUUUCACGGAGCUCAAUCUUGUUGAGGUGGUGACUUCUGAGCUCAUUGCAUCCUUCGUCAAGAGUGCUCGCUCGAACCUCGAAUAUUACUACUCAGUGUUCCGGAGUUUGAUAGCCAAGUUUCCCAUGCAAUUCAAGACCAGCCUUGCAACGGCUAUCGACGAAGCCACUUUGGUGCAGAAAAUAGGCACCAAGGAACUCGAGCUAUUUGUACAUAAGCUAAUGGUCACGCGGGGGCGCCGCACGGCGAAUGAGGUUUUGAAGCUGUUUUGGCUCGCAGCAAAUGGCUUCGUGGAGUACAACCACCAGAGGAUUUAG